CGGGUUACGUAACGCGUCAUGCUCCUGUACUUUUGUGCUAUCUUGCGCGAUCGGGUGGCGAGCUCCUGCGGGGGGGAACAGCAUCAAAAAGCGGCGCAUCUGCACUGAGAGAGGACGCGGAAUACGGACAAAAACUUGUGUUUCCUCCGUCCUGUUGUAGGUCCCUCGCUCGUCGUCAUGAACUUUUUGCUGGAGACGCUGCAGAUGCUGGUCCUGAGCAUUUACUACAACCUGGAGGUAUUCGUGCGCCUCUUCAUCCCGGCAAGGAAGAAGAGCGUGGCGGGCGAGAUAGUGCUGAUUACCGGCGCGGGCAGCGGCAUCGGGCGCCUCAUGGCACUGGAGUUCGCCUCGCUGGGAGCCUCGCUCGUAUUGUGGGACAUCGGCGUGGAGGGCAAUGCCGAGACCGCUCGCCUGGCCACGGAGAAGGGGGCUCCCACCGUUCACACGUACCUGUGCGACUGCAGCAACAAAGCCGACGUAUACAGAGUGGCCGACCAGGUGAAGAGGGAGGUCGGUGAUGUCAGCAUCCUCAUUAAUAAUGCGGGCAUCGUCACGGGGAAGAAGUUCAUAGAUGCUCCGGAUUCCCUCAUAGAGAAAACCAUGGAAGUUAACACCAUGGCGCACUUCUGGACCUACAAGGCUUUCCUGCCAGCCAUGAUGGCUAACAACCACGGUCACCUGGUCAGCAUCGCCAGCUCGGCCGGCAUGAUCGGCGUCAACGGCUUGGCGGAUUACUGUGCCAGCAAAUUUGCCGCCAUUGGUUUCGCGGAGUCCGUCGCUCUCGAAAUGCUGGCAUUGGGCAAAGACGGGAUCAAGACUACGAUCGUGUGCCCGUUCUUCAUAAACACGGGCAUGUUCGAGGGCUGCGGCUCCAAGUGGCCUCGCCUGAUACCCACGUUGGAACCAGACUAUGUGGCCAAGAAGAUCAUUAAUGCCAUCCGCACUGACCAGGUGUACCUGAUCCUUCCUCGGAGCCUCUACUUAGUGCUGGGCAUGAAAAACCUUUUGCCGGUAAAGCUUGGUGUCUUGCUUGGUGUCUACCUUGGAGCAUUCAACUUCAUGGACGCCUUCAAGGGACGUGUGAAAAAGACCCAGUGACCAGAAGGUGGCGCCAAAGAAUGCGACAAGUCAUUUUUCACAUAUACUUCCAGCAACUAAUUUACAGUAGUCAUUUUUAUAAUUAGAUUUUAUUGUAUGUUUUUACCAUGUACCUAAUGCAAUGUUUUGGUGUGUAUGUGACCCCCCGCCCCCAGAAAAAAUUGGUGACUUACCCAUUUUAUGACUCUAAACCACAAUUGUAACAUGUUUGAUUAUACUGUUCAGUUGAAUCAAGGGCAUAGGGUUGGCUUCACCAUUGGUAGGGACCAAAUCAGCCUCAACCCCCCCCCCUCCCUCACCCGGCAAUCGCACAAUAUUGGUAGGAACAUGUUCCUGGCACCCAUACCUUAAUCAACACCCUUGAGUAGAUAUGAAGGACCCCCCUCCCAGCAGUGUAAAAGGUGUGGACCAGUACCAUGACAGUAUGUGCUCAUGAGUUCCCCAGGAAGGAAAUGAUGAAUGUCUCUAGGCCCCAUCCUAUGGAAAGCAUUCAAACCCAAGUACCUCGAAAUGAAGGACUUCUGCAUGCGUUGGGUGGUGAAUAUGACCUGUGAGCCCCAUUGGCCCUUGUUUAAUUUUUAAUUUCGGGAUUCAUUGAAGACCCUCCUGCAGCCAAAUGUAUCGAACACGACAGCGUGUUGCAAUAUGCACUUAGACGGCAGAUACUCACACAUUCUGCAUCACCCACAAGCACUUAAAAUUACCUGAGAUUUACAAAGAGCCAUUUAAAGAUUCUGGUUAAAGAUCUUUAGCCCGAAGACAAGUGUAAAUUACAGUGUUAACCUUACUAUCUAAGGUAUUAGCAGUGUCUGGAAUGCACCCCAUAAUACUGUUAAUUACUUGCAGUAGCUGCUUCACACGCUAUGAUUAUUCUUAUUACUUUAGCGUUCGCACAUCGCUGUAGCUGGAUGCUGCAUUAAAGGCUGCAGUUCAUUUCUUGGCCAGCAGGACAGAUCCCACACGCCAGCUGUUCGGCCACAAAACGACGCCCAGGGAAUCUGGGUAGUAAAGACUGAGUAACAAACCACUUAUUUUUGUACUCGAACACUUCUAUAGUACAAAUAAAAAUUUCAUUCAGAGA